GGGCCACCACGGUUUCCCGCAAAAUCAUUUCAAAGAGCAAAAAAGGAGCGCGAGCGGCAAACUCCCUCGCCUCUACCUAACCUGUCUCCAGGCCGCGGUGUGACUGAGCAGCCGGCCAGCCACUCACGACGCUCCGUGUCCAGCCCGGUCCCCUAUCUCCCAAUCCCGCAAUGCGGAUAGGCCGCCGCUGAGAGCCGCGGGGCGGGAGCUGAGAGAGCAGGAGUGUAGGAUGCGCUCCGUGCGCGAGGGGGGUUAAGCGGAGUUUCGUGUGGCUUCUUAUUUUCUGGGGGAGCCGUGAUUAAAAAAUUUUGUGUUUUUCCCCCCCCGCUAGAUAUGAUUUUGUUUUUCAAAACCAGGUAAAUAGGUAUCGAAACCGUAAUCCGGCUAACAUGUACGUUUAAAACGCAGGGGGAUCCGUAAUUUGAAUUCCACCAUUUAAAUUAAAACCGCCUGUGUGUAAUCCCAUGGCUUCUCCUCAGUCGAUAACACAGAAUAGAGUCAGGACUUAGUUACAGUUGGCUCUGAAGAGAGACAAAAAAAGUAGGCUUUUUGUGUGUUUAAAGCGGGGAAUACAUUCACAUAGUUUCUGUUAAAAAAAAACAGAAGUCCGCACGUUUAUUAUUAUUACAAAAAAAAAAAAAAAAAAAGGUUUCGAUAUCUAUUUUUAAAAUUGUAUUUAUAAACAGGCGUUGUGUGUCUAUUCGUUUGGUUCGAUGGCGCCUCAGAAACACGGGGCUGGGGGCGGCGGUGUCGGCUCGGCAUCAGCUCCCGGUGUCGGUUCUGCUGGUACCGGAGGCCCCGGCGGUAAAGCGAACGGCGGCGUGUACUCGCAUUCAGCCGCGGCGGUGAUGCCCGCUGUCAAGAAGCCGAAGAUGGAGCAGCUUCAGGCCGACCACGAGCUUUUCCUGCAGGCCUUUGAGAAACCAACUCAGAUAUACAGAUUUCUUCGAACCAGGAACCUUAUAGCGCCUAUAUUUUUGCACAGAACCCUCACAUAUAUGUCUCACAGAAAUUCCAGAAGAAAUGUCAAAAGGAAGUCCUUCAAAGUGGAUGAUAUGCUAUUCAAAGUAGAGAAGAUGAGGGGAGAGCAGGAAUCUCACACCUUGGCUUCACAUCUUCAACUUACGUUUACUGGUUUCUACCAUGAAAAUGAAAAGCCAUCACAAAACUCUGAGAAUGAACAAAACUCUGUAGCCUUAGAGGUGCUACUUGUCAAAGUCUGCCACAAAAAACGGAAGGAUGUAAGUUGUCCUGUCAAGCAAGUGCCUACGGCUAAAAAGCAGGUGCCUUUGAACCCUGACAGCAGCCCAACUAAACCAGGAGCCUUACCCUCCCUUGCUGUCUCCAGCAACGAGUUUGAGCCUAGCAACAGCCAUAUGGUGAAAUCCUACUCGCUGCUGUUCAGGGUGACAUGGCCAGGAAAACGGGAUGUGAAUGGAUUAAUGAAUGGAGAGACGAAUGAGAAUAUUGAUGUGAUUGAAGAGUUUCCAACGCGAAAAAAGAGAAGCUCCUCUUAUCAUGAAGAUGGUGAGAAGACCUUUGUAGCACAAAUGACAGUCUUUGAUAAAAAUAGGCGCUUGCAGCUCCUUGAUGGGGAAUAUGAAGUAUCAAUGCAGGAGAUGGAAGAAUGUCCUGUGAGCAAAAAAAGAGCUACAUGGGAAACCAUUCUUGAUGGAAAGAGGCUGCCACCUUUUGAAACAUUCUCUCAGGGUCCUACGCUCCAGUUCACUCUGCGGUGGGCAGGAGAAACUAAUGAUAAAUCUACUGCGCCUGUUGCCAAACCUCUCGCAACUCGUAAUUCAGACACUGCCACUCUCGAAAGCAAGCCAAGCUCUCUCAAGCCGACACAGGCAAUAGCUGUUAAAGAUUCACUUACUACAGACCUUCAGGUAAGAAGGGAACAGAUUUUAUGUGAGCCUCGACAGAAGCUACGAAUAUUUUAUCAGUUCCUUUAUAACAACAACACAAGGCAACAGACGGAAGCAAGAGAUGACUUGCAUUGUCCUUGGUGCACACUGAACUGCCGCAAGCUAUACAGCCUACUCAAACACCUCAAACUCUGCCACAGCAGGUUUAUCUUUAACUAUGUGCCUCAUCCAAAGGGUGCUAGGAUAGAUGUUUCUAUCAACGAGUGUUAUGAUGGCUCAUAUGUAGGAAAUCCUCAGGAUAUUCACAGUCAGCCAGGAUUUGCCUUCAGCCGUAAUGGGCCAGUGAAGAGAACGCCAGUCACACACAUCCUUGUUUGCCGGCCGAAGCGCACAAAACCCAGCCUGUCCGAGUUCCUGGAAUCUGAAGAUGGGGAGAUGGAGCAGCAGCGCACGUACAUCAGCGGACACAACCGGCUGUAUUUCCACAGCGACGCCUGCCUGCCUCUCCGUCCGCAGGAAAUGGAGGUGGACAGUGAGGAUGAGAAGGACCCAGAGUGGCUGAGAGAGAAAACCAUCACUCAAAUUGAAGAGUUCACGGAUGUGAAUGAAGGAGAGAAGGAAGUCAUGAAACUCUGGAACCUUCACGUUAUGAAGUACGGAUUCAUUGCCGACAAUCAAAUGAACCAGGCCUGCAUGCAGUUUGUUGAAAAGUGUGGGCAACAGAUAAACGAAAAGAAUUUGUGUCGGAACUUUCUGCUUCACCUGGUCAGCAUGCACGACUUCAACCUUGUCAGCAUAGUCACCAUUGACAAAGCAAUGGCCAGACUUCGGGAAAUGCAACAAAGGCUUGAAAAGGAUGAGCUGGCAGAAAAAACGAGCCCGGCGCCCACCGAUGAACCAAACUGGGAAAACGGCAGCGGCAUCGAGACCCCCACAAGCGAGAGGAUUUCUGAAACUGACAUUUCUGCCUCAGGAGUUCCAAAACAGAACAAACGACAGAAACUCUGAAACCACAGGACUUUAUAGACUGAAACAUUGGAGCGCUGGGGGGUCGUUCUAAAUUAAAGAAGAAUAAAUAAGUCAAAUAUUGAAAAACAGAUUCCAAACAGGCACUAGGUAUCAAGUAUAUAAAAAUCAAUGUUGGGCUGUAAAGUUGUACUGCUGUUUGCUACAAAUCAACACAGACACUGAUUGUGUGUGUGUGUGUUUUUAUAUAUAUAUAAAUAUAAAUAGUCACUUGUAUUUUGAUAUGAAUACACUAAAACCGUUUAGGACCAUAGCUGGUUUUGCUUCUAUUUAUUGUAGGAAUGUUCAAACUGGUUACUAAACAUGUAUUACAUACAGGCGGUUUUCAUGUAAUAUAUCAUAUUGAACUACAGAAAGUAAUUUAUCAUAAUGAAAUGCACAAUUUGUAAAGUGUGCUUUGCUGUUAACUGUAACAGCCCUUUGAUUUGUUUCAUGUAUAUUAGCACUUGUCUUGUCCUGGGUGCCUGUUUGGAAAUACUUUCUUUUAUAUAUAAAUAUAUUUUGAUUUUAGAAAGGUGUUUUUUCUGACUUUUUUUUUUUUUUUUUUGCUGGCAAUUUUUUACAUUUUUUUUUGGUUACGUGAGUGAUGCAUUGCUUGGCCGGUGUGUUAUUAAAACUUGAACCUACAUACAGUUGGUCAGCAGUAGGUUUUUUUUUUUUUAACUUCAAAUUCAUAGAAUUGCUAGUACAGUACUUUACACAAACAUGUUUUCAUUUUUUUGUAUUGUAGUUGAACAGAGCUCCUACCCUGGCAGUGGCAGGGCAGUGGAGCUGCCACUUUCUAAGGAAAAAUGCACUGCAAGACUGGACCAGAAAUGUUGUUCACUCUAUAUGCAAGUAUUCUGUGGUCUGUCUGUUUAACACACAGGGUAUUUACUGCAGACACUAACAGAAAAUAUACUUCUAGCAGUAUUUAACUGCAUACAAGAACCAUGUUUAUUAUUCAUGCAAUUGUUUACAGAUUUUCCAAUGGAAAAGUGGUUUUUACUACUAGUGCAGUGUCGGUGAUACUGGUUUUAACCUGGCAUGCACUGUGGUCGAGUGACAUUCUCACCUCAUUUUUUUUUAGAAUUGUUUUUUUUGUGACUACCAUUAAAUAACAUUCUCGUAUUUGUAUUUAAAAGAUAAACAAAAGAAAUGCUGCUCUUACGGUAUUUUAAUUAUGUUUCUGCUUCAUUCCUUGGUUUUUAAAAGCUGCAGGUAACCCUUUUUUUCUGAGCCUAUAGAACACAUUGAUAAAACUCGCAAUGUGAUUUUUCAUUUCAUAUCAUGCUUAAGCCUGAAUUUGUUUUUACUGAUGUCUACAAAUUACUACUUCAGCUUGUAAAGGGAACCUUGUGGUAUCUGUAUUUCACUACAAUGGUUUGCAGCUGUUAAUGAAGUAUAUUUAAGAAGUGUGUUUAAGUUAAAUGUAUGACAGUUUAACGGGCAAAGGGGGUAAACUGCAGCUUUUCUUUUUUUUUGUGACCCUAUUGAUUUGCCAGCUAUAGAGGUGUAACUGAACUUCAAAUUAUAUUUUGAAGGAUUGCGACAAAAGCUUUUAACUGUUGCUUUAAUUUGCUAAAGCUGUGCACAUAUGUAAAAACGUAGAUUUGGUUUGAGGAAACUUAGUUCUAUGGUUAUUGCUUGUGUCAUUUCUUAAGCAAGCUAAUUAUGCUUUUAUUGCUUCAAAAAGGAUGACUGGUAUUGUUUUGCACAAGUUUGUUGAGGAGGGCAGCCAAAUUAUUUCACAAUUAAAAAAAAAAAAAAAAAUCCUGAAACGACAUUGUUAAACCACCAUGUUAAAGUUAUGAAUUUUGUAAUAAAGGAGUUAUAGAAAA